GUUAUUAUUGGUACUUAUAAUCAAUAGCUUAUGCAGUGCAGUGAUCGCUAUUAACUAGUGUAGUUUGUUUUAGUUCUAACUUCUAAGUUCUAAUGUAAUUUCUACAGUAAGAAAUUCAGAAGGUUAUUAAACAUUAGCAAUGAAUAUAGUAUAACGAUAUUAAUUUAAUACCUUGUGAAAGGUCGAAUAAUUAAGAAUCUAAUUGAUUUUACAAUCAAGUCUUAUAAUAGGUCAUAGUGCAUUUUGCAUAUUUAACUUAAAUUUUACUUAAAAUCUGUAAAAGUCAUGACUCAAAGUAAUCAAAAUGCGAUUUCUCCGAAAAAUACAACAGCGUCUUCAAGAAAUGACAAAGUAGGAGCAUUUGCAGCUGUAUUACUAUCUGGAAUGGUUAUCGCUGCAUUUGUAGGAUAUUAUUUAGUAGUGGGAGAAGAAUCGCGGAAAAAAAAUUCAUUACAACUUAUAAUUGCCGUUUUUAGACAAGGAGAUCGGAGUCCAUUGAAAUGGGAAACAUAUCCAAAUGACAUGUAUCCACCUAUGAGUGAAGGAACUUGGCCAGAUGGCCUUGGGCAAUUGACUAAUGCAGGUAAAUUAAAGUCCUAUGAAUUUGGAAGACGUUUUCGAAAUCGUUACACAAAAUUUCUUCCAUUUACUGACAAAUAUAGCUUUAUAUCGGUACAUAGUACAGAUACAGAUCGUGCGGAAAUGACAGCAUCAGCAUUUUUAGCGGGAGCAUUUCCACCAGCUGGAAAACAGAUUUGGAACAGUGAUUUACUGUGGAUACCAAUACCAAUCUAUUCAAUAUCUCCAGAUAAAGAUGAUAUACUUAGAGUUACAAAACCUUGUCCUGCUUACGAAAAAGAGUUUGAAAAAGCAAAAAAUGAAACGGAAAAACUAAUGUUAAUCAAAUACGAACGAUUUUUCAAUUACGUAUCUAACCACACGGGUAUGGAAAUAAAACAUUUGUCAGACGUUGAAAAUAUAUUCAAUUCGCUUAACAUUCAACAAAGAAAUCAUAUGACUCUGCCAUCAUGGGUAAAAGUAAAGAAUUAUAUGAGCUUGAUGGAAGAUAUUGUUUUGGAAUGGUCGAUUACUUAUUCAAAAACAGAUCAAAUGAAAAAAUUUCGGUCUGGUAAACUUAUUGGAGAAAUAGUCAGAACGAUGAGAGACAAAAUGGACGAAAGAUUAGAUCCGAAUAAAAAAAUAUUUGCUUACUUUAGUCACGAGCAGACUUUAAUAGAUUUUUUACAUACAUUAGGAAUGAAAAAUCUUUUUAAACCUAGUUAUGGGGCAGCAGCUUUUGUUGAAUUGCAUAAAAUCCGAGGAGAACACUAUGUUAAAAUAUUAUAUACAAAAUCCUAUGAUACUCCAGAUCUUCUAUCAUUGGAUAUGGAAAGUCAAACGAGUUUUCUACCAACUUUAGAAGAUUUCAUAAUAAAAACUGAAAAUUAUAUACCGAAAAAUUGGGAUAAAGAAUGUCAGCUUAAAUAAUUAUUGAUUAAUUUGAUUGAUUUAAUACUUUAAAUAUUAUAUUAUACAAAUAUAAUAAGUAAUUAGGUGUAUACGGACAGAGCCAUUUUUAAGGGUAUGUAAGGCCCCAGGGCCCAAUAUAUAUCGGGGCCCUUUAAAUACAUAAAUUGUGAUACAUAUAUUUAUUAACAUAUCAAUUAUAAUUAUAAUCUAUUAAUAAAAUUA